GCCGCGGGCACUCCCCAGCCGCUCGCCCGGGACGCUCGGGAAGAGGCGGGCUCCGCGCGCCCGGUGCCCGCCCGCCAUGGCAGCCCCGGCAGCGCCGUGAGCGGCCCGGGCCGACCCCAAGCUGGGGCGGGGCUGGGCCCACCGCCCCGGCCAUGUGGCCGUCUCCAUCGUGGCGGUGGCGGCUGCUGCUGCUGCUGCUGCUGAGCUGCCUGCGCACCUCGGCGCUCCCUCCGGACUCCUUUUCCCAGCUGGCUGCUCCUCAGCACCCAAAGCUUCACCUGUACAACAAAGAACAAGUUCUGAGCUGGGAGUCCUCAUCUUCACACAAUGACACAAGACCAGUGGUCUACCGGGUGCAGUUUAAAUUCAUGGCUAGCUUAGACUGGUACGAUGUCACAGUCCAGACCAUAGGAGUGAACUGUACUCGGAUCCCAGAGACCCAGUGUAACUUCACCGAAGCCAGGCCCGGCUUCCCAUGGCAUUUCAAUGUGACUUUGCAAGUGCGAGCCGAGCUGGGAGAGAUUGCUUCUGCCUGGACCCCAGUGCCUUGGUUUCAAUACUAUCAAAAUGUUACUAUUGGGCCUCCAACAGCCAUCUUGGUGUCCCCGGGAGCAGGUUCCCUCCUCAUCAGGCUUUCCUCUCCCUUUGACCUCCCUCUGCCCGCCCGGACCAAGUUUUUGUAUUAUAUCCAUUACCGGGAAGAAGCAGGAAUCUCUCAGGUAAAAGGCCCUGUGGAAAGCAGCUCCAUCUUUUUGGAUAAUUUGAAGCCCUUAAAACUAUACUGUUUACAAGCCGAGGCACGACUGUCUUCGUUUACCUCUAGACCUGGACAUUUAAGCAACACAUCUUGCUAUGAAACAAUAGCAGAAGCCUCCACCAAGGUGCAGAACGUGGCUCUGAUCUCUGCGGCCACCUUUUUAGUACUGCUGAUCCUGGCCAGUCACUUUCUGUUCCUGAAAUAUAAAAGCCAAGUGAAAUACUGGUUUCGCACUCCACCAAGAAUCCCAUCACAAAUAGAAGAGUAUUUGAAGGACCCAGCUCUCCCCAUCUUAGAGGUUUUGGACAAAGACAGCUCGCCAGAGGACGCCUGGGACUCCGUGUCAGUCAUUUCAUUGCCAGAAAAGGAAGAUGUUCCCCAGACGCUGGAGUCGGAGCACUGACGCCACCUGCUGGCGCUGAGGGGAACACAGGGCAGGGACCUCAGAGCCAGUGCCGCACUCCCGCCCCAUGAUGCCUAGCGACACACACUAGAUCUCAGGGGUCACACUGCUUCUCGGUCUGUGUCUCUAAGAAUUCUCUUAAGCAUACACGUUUCUGGAAUGUUUCUAUGGAAAUGUCUCAGAAAACCGGAGGUUUCUCUUAAAACACUAAACAUGUAAGUUACCUGUUGGGAACAUGGCUGAAGCCCAGUGGGAUGUUUUCAUUACCGGUAAGGCCGGGCCAUCCAAAGACCACAAUCUCUCCUUACUUCUGGAAGAUGAGCUAUCCCAAGCCGCCAAAACAGGGGACCCCUAAAGGCCGAGUGACACAGCACUUAGCCCCAUGCAUGAGCCCUGGGCUCGUCCCCAGCACCACCAGAAAGAAAAAGUAGCCAAGCACGGUGGUUCACACCUGUAAUCCUGUAACUCAGGAGGCUGAGAUCUGAGAACCGUGGUUCAAAGCCAUCCUGGGCU